AUGCUUUCCUUUACACCAAGUUACGCUGACUACCCACUAUUGAUGGCCAUAUUAACGGGGAGGUUUGACUUCAGGCUUUCUACUUCUUUUCUGUUAGACAAGAUUAAGGAUACCUUUCCGGUCAACUCCAUGGACUUGCUAUGGAAUACUUACACUCCACAGAUUACCCAGUCCCCACCGUCUGCGCAGGACCUCUUGCGCACCGGAGAGCCGUUCGUCCCGUUUUCCGAGUAUUCUGUUCAGGACAUCACCCAUCUAUCAGAAGAUGAAACCACAGGAUGGGUGGAGACCAAGCUCCGUGAUGGAAAGCCAUUUGUUAUACGUGGGUUUUCUCAUCUGAAAGAAUGGGAUAGGUCGAUCUUGAACAAUGAGAGACUUGGCAGCCUCUCUUCCUCAGCAGGGAGAGAUGCGAAAAUGCGGCUUCAAGAUCUCCUUUCGCAGACAGAAUGUGCUCGUGCCGGCAAUGUCCGAGAGUUGCAAGCUAGUUUGUACGCAAAAGAUCUUCAGUGCCCACAAGCGUGGAUCAAAGCACUAGAGGCAUUUCUUCCUUCAGCUAUGCGGCACCUUGGGUCUCUUGAUUUAUUCCGGAUGUUGCCAAAGGAGACGGCUCCGGAGGUUCUGAUGGCCUCAGGAUUUCACAGAUGCUUUAGCGGAACAGUUGCUUUGAAUCUAUUAGUUGAAUCAGAAGUUCGGCUAGGCGCUGGCCCUGGGUCUCUCUGCUUUGGGACUGAUAAAAUUUCACAAGCCGCGUACGACACAUAUAUGGAGAGACUGGGGAAGUCUCCCCAUACCGAUUGGACCGACGUUUCUACUACCCAGCUCAAGUCUGCCGAUUUCCCCAUAUACGUUACCCACCAGCACCCUGGAGACUUGGUAAUAUUUCCUUCAGCUACCGCCCAUCAGAUUUGGAACAUCAGUUCAAUGGUUACAAAGGUAGUUUGGAAUGUCAUGCAUAGCUCUUCGCUUGUCUCUUUCUUCGACUACAUCCAGCCAUUCUACCAGCGAUAUUGCCAUGCAGACACUGGCCGAGUCCCUUUAAUCCCGUUACAUGCAUUAAUCCGAGGGUCGCUAGGAACGGAGGACGAAGCACUUCUUCUGGACGUCUUUCUGAAAUUGCUCGAUGACGAAGCUAUUGAGACUGAUUCGGACCCUCCAAUGAAGAUUGUGGAUACCCAGGGGGCCGUGGUAGAAUGUAAUUUCUGCGGCUUGACGAUAUGGAAUCGGCAUUUGCACUGCGAGCAGUGCGGCGACUUUGACUUAUGUCUGACAUGCUUUAUUACUGGACGCAGCUGCAAACACGUCGCUGACUAUACAUGGGCCGAACUAAUUCCGCGUGCCUACUGCAUGGAGGUUAUCCAGUCGACACGGAACAGACUUCGUGAUCGAUUACUCUCCCGAUUCAAACGUCCAAAGUAUGACCUUCCCUUCAAGCAUCCAGGCUUAAUUAGCCUCAAACUGCAAAAAUCUCUGGGCGCCUUGGCUGCUGCUGCGGCAGAUGCACGGAAACAACCGAUGAUGAUCCAUGGUAAAGACAAGCCUGUGCGGGCUCGGAUCAAGUCGAUUGAUCCUCGCGGACGCAUCAUGGGGUUCACCGACAACGUGUUUGAUCAAAAACGAGGCAAAAGAGCUAGCAUGGCUGCUCAUAGCGCAUCCCUCCCGCCUGAAGUGCCUUCUCGGGCACAUAAACGACCGAGAAACCAGGUUAGCGAUGAAGAGACGGAACUGCCACGACAGCAGGAAGGCUCUAGUACUUUUACAAAUCGUGGUAUAAUACAGUCGCAUAGUACAGAGGAUACUAUUCACUCAAGCCCUCGUCCCUAUGUGAUGUCCUCACGGAGUAUAGGCCCGAAAGGGCAGCUCCGUAUCAGUGACCUCGUUGAGAAACAUAGCCCUGCUGAAGCUGAACCUCCCUUUCCGGCUCCAUUUAGGCACGCUUCCCCUCUACUUUCCCUGACGCCAGGAGAUGGCGCAUUCCGACGGCCGGCCAAUGAGCCGAGUGUUCCAGCCACUACAGAUGAAGCCAGCAUCUCCUUUCUCGAAAGAAAAUUGGAGGAGCUUCGUCGAUAUGCCGAUGAACUUCUGGAUCUUUCCCUAGUGGACUCACAUGCGAAGGUUCUGGAGAAGAUCGGUCAGUUGCAGGGUCAGAUCGAAGAGCGCAAGCGACGGAAAGCGGAGGCACUGUUCGACAGCCUCGAUCGGGAUUUCCCAGAACUUGCCACGGUUGCGAGAGAGGAAGCGCGAAGACGAGGACUGUAA